CGAUAAAGGCACAGUAGCUCCGUUACCCCUGAGGAGAAGGAUUCAAGCAGCCGAGCAGCACCAGCACUUGGGGGUCUUGGAGCCACGAAAAGAAUUCUUGUUCGUGACGACGCCACGCCCAACGCUGUGGCACAUAUUCUGCACGAACCAGCAUCUGAACGAGCCUUAUGCUCCAGCCCAGCAAUCACGCGAACACCGGAGCUGCGGGCAAUCGUUUUACAAGUACAACCCCCAAACAGAGCUGCAGCUGCUGUGGCAGUCUCUUCCAGCCACAAGUCUCAACCACCCACGUUUUCCAGAUAAGCUCAACUGGUGGCUUCCGCGCUACUUUUAACCCCGCGACCCUUCUUCACAACCGCCGCGGCUCUUGGAAAGUCAUCUCGACCAGGGGGUCUGUUCAUGUUCACUCUUUGGCGCUGCUCGACCGUUUCCUCUUGAGAAACCCACAUUCGUUAAUAUGGCUCCAACCGUUGUUACCGCUCAAGGCAGCCGCAAGACGGUGAAGAAGAUCUGCUGCAUUGGCGCAGGCUAUGUUGGCGGACCCACCAGCGCGGUCAUUGCGCAACACAACCCAGACAUCACCGUAACGGUCGUCGACUUGAGUGAAGACCGCAUCCAGGCUUGGAAAUCGAACGCCCUGCCCAUCUACGAGCCUGGCCUUUUCGAUGUCGUCGAAGUCGCCCGCGACUGCAAAGAUGGCCGUCGCCAAUCGAACUUGCACUUCUCGACCGACGUUUCCGGCGUGAUAAACGAGGCCGACCUUAUCUUCAUCGCUGUCAACACUCCUACGAAGACGGAAGGUCUUGGUGCAGGAGGAGCAUCGGACCUCGCAUACGUUGAAUCGGCUGCACGACACAUUGCAGAGGUCGCGACAAGCGACAAGAUUAUUGUUGAGAAGAGCACAGUGCCAUGUGGAACAGCGGACAACAUUCAAGAGAUUCUCGACGCACAUGCUGCGCCCAAUGUUCACUUCGACAUUCUGUCGAACCCGGAAUUUUUGGCUGAGGGCACAGCGAUGAACGAUCUGAUGAAGCCUGAUCGAGUACUCAUCGGUUCGCACAAGGACGAGAGAUCGCUCGUGGCAGCCACAGCUUUGGCGGACGUUUAUGCUGCAUGGGUGCCACGGGAUCGCAUUAUCACGAUCAAUCUCUGGUCUUCAGAGCUUGCCAAACUUGCUGCCAACUGCAUGCUUGCGCAACGAAUCUCCAGCAUCAAUUCCUUGAGCGCAAUAUGCGAAGCUACAGGAGCGAACAUCGAAGAGCUUGCAUUUGCCGUUGGGCAAGAUACCAGAAUAGGGCCCAAGAUGCUCAAGGCAUCGGCAGGCUUCGGAGGCUCAUGUUUCAAGAAGGAUGUUCUCAGCUUAGCAUACAUCGCUGAGACCCUUCACCUUCCCGAGGUCUCCGCAUACUGGAAGUCGGUGGUAGACAUCAACGAGUAUCAGAAAGAGCGGUUCGCUAAGAGGAUAACAAAACGACUAUACAACACUCUUCGCCUGAAGAAGAUCGCCAUCUUAGGCUUCGCUUACAAGAAGAAUACGGGCGACACACGAGAGAGCGCCGCGAUCACAAUCGUUGGCCAGCUCAUUGCUGAAGGCGCAAAGAUUGCAAUCUACGAUCCGCAGGUGUCAGAAGCGACAAUUCAGCAGGAUCUGAUUCGUGAGCACCGACCUGACGUGGUCAAGCAACGCGUCACUGUCUAUCCUGACGCAAUCUCUGCAUGCGCCGACGCCAGUGCCGUGGUCAUCCUUACCGAGUGGGACGAAUUCAAGACCGAUCGUGUGGCAGAGAAGUCGAACGGCACGAAACAAACAACGUACACGCAAGCAAACGGUCACUCCGAUUCCUCGUCCAAUUCGGAGGCGGAAAGUGAGUUCUUGGACAGUGCUAUUGGGACACCGGCGUCCACUGAACGUGAACGUCCAGAAUAUGUCGACCCCAUCGACCCAGCCAACAAGCGGGUAGACUGGGCUCAAAUUGCCAGCUCGAUGAAACGGCCGAGAUUAGUCUUCGAUGGACGCAACGUUGUGGACAGCCAGAAGCUUGCGAGCUUGGGGUUCACUGUCGAGUGCAUUGGCAAGCCAGGUGCUCGGCAGCGACGCUUGUAGAUGUUCUUGCAUCAAGAUUCGCACGCUUACCCGGAGGUGAACGGAUCUUUCGGUGAGGUCAGCGGACUCAGCGCCCCAAAGAUUCUCCGCUGGGUGAUGAAACUUGCAACCCAUGGGGUCGCAUGUGAUGGGGUUGCGCACAUUGUCGAUCGGGACCACUCGAUGAAUCUGAGCUUAGCGUACGCUCCAGGUUUGAGGUGGAAUGUGGAUGACACAGCAUCUCGCACACCACACAUGAAUCGAGACGCGCGUAAUGGUUCCACGGGAUUCCAGACCUCUCGAACGUUGCGCUAGACGUUUGCAUUGGACAUGGGCGGUUUUCGACUCCGAAGGUCGCUGGAUGGCCUCAAUUCAUGAUGUGAAUAUUCUUUGGAACUUGGCGACAUAGAUUUGCGAUGGGAUAUACUGCUCACGCAGUCAUUAGGCAAUCCCAGCAUAAUAAUAGGUAGCACAGCAGCACAGCGUUCCUUAUAGGCCUGGUAUCAAACACAGCAGUCCGCGUCAGCACUUGCUACUCCUGCGGCAGGGGCCGGGCCUGGUAAGGAACAGCAGCCGAACUUCUGGAUGAAACUUUGUGAAAGCCAC